AUGCAUGGCCAAGGCAAGACUUGGGAACACGAUUGGCAAGCCUGUUCUCGCAGAUGUGCAAGAGUGCACGGAUGCGCACAUUUCAGCUUCUGGCCGGACAAAGGCUGCCAUUUGCAGCACGGCUGGGCAAGCAGGAUACUUGAUUGGGACGUGAUUACUGGCCCGCCCCCGAAGGUUACAUGCCGGACGAUUCACAUCUGGGACCUACACGGCAAUAUCUACGACGGUCCACGAGACGAUUUUUCGACUUGGGGCAGGGCGGCGGGACAUUCGCAGAAGAUCAGCUUUGGCUUCCAGUUCAUCCAAUUUGGGCAUUUUCGCUUGGGCGCUGCCGACGACACGCACCUUUCGCUUUCGCACAGCAAUGGCUACACCAUGCAGAUCUUCAAGGACAACGGCUGGGUUACCGGCCACCGCCGACGGCGGGGCCAGGAAAAG